UGUACUGAGUUACCGCGCCUCUUCCUACUUUGGAAAUGCCACAACGAUAGUUAUAACAACUCGCCUACCCGCGACUAUCUUAUCCAAUGGCGUCUAAAUACGUUGGCCCAUUCUGGCGACCCAGCAGCAGACACGACGACUCUGUUUGCCGUCGGCAUCUCGGCGAUCAAGCUUAAUUGACGUGUGGCAGAGCAACACGAUAUGUUCCACGACAGAGCGGUCUUGUUCUGGAUAGGCCCGUGUCCGUGCAUUCGUCUCCGGGAGCUUUCUGCCCGACGCGGGCUGGAUACGUCAAAUUCGGACGCAACAUCCAUCUGUCAUGCUGCAAUAGAGACCAUCGGCAGCUGGUCACUAGCUCAGAGCUCUCUCGCAUGCCAUCUAACGCGAGGAACCAGUCUCUCCAAGCCUGCACCGCGCCGACAACUCGCCAGCUUUGGCACAUGCACAAAAGCCGUCGCUCCACAAGAGACAACAACAGAAUUUGCCGUGAAGCUUCACACGGAAUUCCUAGCGUAUUCCACCACCACUGACAAGAUUUCACUUCAUCUCACAAUUGCACAGGGACUUUUGGACAGGUUAAUAUAUCACCCCUGCGCCGGCGACCGGAUGCACUUCCCCCAUAAAAUACUAAUCACAAAGAAGAGAUCGCGCAUCGGCAAAGACCUGGGUUGCUUCGUUACAUACUGUAGUUAUUUGCGCCAACUUGGCAUAUAUCCUUGUCUGGCGGUGAUGUGCUCCAUCCUACCCGCCAGGCGCUUAGGGCACAUGGAGUGGAUGGCCCGUUGGCACAUACAUCUAACCUCACAUCGCGGCUCGAGACAAGGUUUCCAGCUUAUUGAUCGAUGACGACUGUCCUGGAUGAUGCUCCAAGUUACCCUCAUCAUCGCCUGACGAUAUCCAGACCGAGACGACACGACUAGCGCUAAGUUAGCCUCGGACGUAACCGUCAGUCGUCCCUGGCCUAGAGUCACAUCAACCUGAGAUUUUCCCCUGUGGAUGAGGAUGUCUGAAGCGAUACCCUAGCCUUGUGCUGUCGAUUGGUGCUUUCAAUUUCUACCGCUAGCGUGCAGUUCAAAGCGGCUGUCGAGAACUGUUUAGGAAGAUGUUUGUCGCCUCGCGGGGUUUGUAGAUCAGUUCGAG